AUGAUAACAUGUGACAUGUUUUCAUUAUUUUUCGAGAGUUCAUCUACACUUGAUUUCCCUGACGAAGAUGGAUAUGAUAGCGAAGGUAAAGUUAGGUCUAUCUCCGAUUUUGAGCCUGAGCCUGAAGAGUUAGGAGAACAAUCUGGUUCUCUGGAGGAGGAGCAAUCCAGAUCAAAUGUAGACUAUCUUACACCUAAACAAAACAUAAAAUGGAGGCACAGACAAAUCCUCAGUGAUAAAGAUAUAAAAAAGAAACCAAGGGGUUUUGCUCAAGAGGUUUGCAGUACUGAUGGGGAUGGUACAGUUGUCAAGUGGUUAGAUAACAAGCCAGCCAAUUUAGCAUCCAACUUCAUCGGCAUAGGAGAAAAGGACUUGGUAAAGAGGUGGUCAAAAACAGAGAAAAAAUUCAUAGAAUUUGAGAGGCCUGAAAUCGUGAGAAAAUAUAAUCACGCGAUGGGAGGUGUUGAUCUGCUAGAUCAAUUGAUGAGUUAUUACAGAACGUUUAUCAAAUCAAAGAAGUGGCCCUUGCGUAUGAUCUUUCAUGAGUCUGAUCUGGCAGUAGUGCAAGCCUUUCGAGACUACAACAUAGAUAACGACUUGCUCGGAAUACCAAAGGCGAAAAGACUCUCCCUUCUGCGAUUUCGUCGAAGACUGUCCGAUGCUCUAAUAACUCCAAGAAGACCAGGAGAAGUGCGCCCAUCUAUUGAAGUUGCUCGUGAUGGUGUCGGUCAUUUUACUGCCCACGAUGGUGGGUCUGGAACACGUUGCAAAUUAGUGGGGUGUAAAGGAAAAUCCCGCAUCAAGUGCGUUAAAUGUAAAGUGCACUUGUGUUUCACUAAAGACAAAAAUUGUUUUCUAGUUUUUCAUUCCUAA